AUGCACGUGAAGCACACUCCAUACAUGGGCGGGUAUGGCCCCUGUACAGAGUUACCAAGCUCUAAGGCCACGGAGACGGGGAGUGCCUGUGUUGUCACCACUGCCUCUAUGAAAGCUACUGACCGCCCUGUGCGUGUGUUGCCGCGUCAGAAAAGGAGUGUUGCGUCUCCAGGAGGGUCUUCCCCUUCCGAGUGGCGUCCGCGCUUGCUUCCUUCGUCAGGCACCUCCCGCCUCGCGCCUUCCUCCCUCCCAUCUCCCAGAGUCUACACACCUGCACUCUUGAGGCACCUCCCGACUCACGCCUUGCUUCCUCCCGUCUCCCAGAGUCUACACACCUGCACUCUUGAGGCUGCUGGCGAGAGGAACUGCCGUCCCAAGCCCUCCACCAUGGCCGCCGCUCCGAAAGUUUGCGUCCGUCGCAUUAAGCUUAUCUGUCUCAUGGAGAACGCAGGCAAGGACGUCUUGACCUUCGUGUUGAAGCGCGGCGCGCUGAACGCCCCCGCCACGCCGCCGGGCAAGUCCCUCACUGACUACCUUGACAACCUUCCUCAAGGCUCGACAGCCAACUAUGGAAGGAUGAGUAAAAAACAAAAGAAAGCAGCAGUGAACCACACCGACCGCCGCCAAGCACAACGCUUCCCUUUAUGGGACAAUUUUGAUUUGACUUUAUUGUACAAAGCAAUAAAGCUGACGUGCGAAGGCCUGGCGAGAGAUGGCGAUCCCGAAUGGGGGAACCAGAACACCCUGGAGGGAUUGGUAACAAAAAUCAAGGAUGAGCGGAAUGAACUCUUUCAUGAAGUGAAAUCUUUCAGCGAGGCAGAGUACCAGCAGAAAGUCAACGAGUUAGAACACCUCUUUAUCCGAGUCCUCGCCGCAGCCAAGACCAAAUACUGCAUUCCUGACGCAGAGGUGACACCCGUGCAGGACAACGCCCGGCAGGUCACUGAUACCUUCAGAAAAACAGGAAUGGAGAAAGAAAUUUUAAAAGAUUAUUUCAGUAUCAUGCACCAAGAAUUUAUGAGAGACAGUCAGACCCACCUCAAAACAUCCUAUGAUCGAAUGCAAACCUUUGAUCCUCUGUCCUUCCUUACCGACUCACCAAAACACCACCAUCACAUCCAGGACAUUUUCUGCAAGAUGUCCCUCGUGGAAGGAAGAGGACACUUCCAACAGAGGCGAGACAUCGACACUUGCGACGUGCUGACGGUGACGCGCCGCGCGGGACAGAAUCCACAGCCGUCCACAUCCUCAUCGGCCACGCCGCCCACGCACGGCGCCAAGCCACAGCUCAUCCUGAUCAGGGGCGUGGCAGGAAGCGGCAAAACGACCCUUCUCACCUUCCUUGUCUCAGAGUGGCUUCAGGAGCCCGGCGCCUGCACCAUCAAACACCUGGACGAGUACGACAUCGUGGUGCGUGUCUUGUGCCGCGAUGAUGAAGGCCCAUCUCUCCAGAACUUCAUCAAAGUGAUCCUCCCAAACCAUUUUGCUGUGAUGGACGAACACCUCAUCCCCCUCCUACAACAAAGCAAGGUUCUCUUCCUGAUUGACGGCCUGGACGAACUGUCGCCAGGCACUCCAUCACACAGCCUUGUGAAGGACAUCAUCAACAUCUCGAAAUACUCGCCAGGCUUCACACUCGUCUGCACAUCGCGGCCCGAAACAGUGCAAGACUUCCUGGCCAAAGUACCUGAUGGCUAUGAGGUGUGGGACAUGGAGAUGAAAAGUGUUAGCCAUGAACAAAGAAUUCAUUUUGUCAUGAAGCAUUACAACAGCUUCCCAGACAAGGGGAACAAAGACCCUGAGAGGCUUGAGUACCUCAUGAAACACAUUGGCUGGAAGGAUUACCUGGGCCUGCCAUUAAAUUUAUUGUUCGUGGCAACACUUUUCUACAUCGAUCAAGACAAGAUCAAGAUCACCACCACCCAGACCAGCCUGUACGUCACCAUAAGAGAUUGGUGCAUAGAAAAACUGCAGGCCAGACUCACAGAUGAUCCACGAGACACAAAGACCCGCGAGGUCCUCAUCUCUAUGGUUCUACAAGAUAUAUACGACAUGUCAUUGCAAGGUCUUCUACAAGACCGACUGACUCUGUCAAAACAGGAAGAGCAGAAGCUGAUUUGUUGCUGCCUUGGAAAAGGAUUACCCAGCAAGGAAGUCAUCCCAGCGUUUUUCAAUCUUCAAGACACCAGUGACAGGCUGGGGCAUCAUCAGAAGUACGCAGCCCCACACAAGAGCCUACAAGAAUUCUACGGUGCAUCAGCAAUCGUCCACAAGCUGGUGGAGGGCUCACACUCAGCAAACAUACGACGCAUGCUUCACGACCCGCCGCCAGAACAGCUCCGGAACUUGAGAAACCUGCUGCUGCACGUGGCAGGUCUCCUCUGCCACCCUAACACACCACUUUGUGCUGCAGCCAUACAAGAGGUGGUGGACCUGCUGGCGGAGACUGGUGUGAAAGACUGUGAUGAUUGGCUGUCCAUGCUGGAGGACACUGAAGUGAACAGGACUGCCUUGGAUUGUGUUGUCAGACACAUUACAAGUGAUGAGAGGGAGAGGGUAACAAUAAGAGACAGCACCAUCACCAGUGCCAGGGCCCUCCUCCCCCUCAUCCCCUCCAAGAAGGUAUGGAUAGAGCUAAGCAGGAAGGAAUCAGACGUGCAGGGGCUCAUCUUUGAACACCACGAAUACACUGAGCUGCACCUGCACCACCAAUACAGGCAUCCAGACCAAGCCACUCACUGUGACUCCUUGCUGCGUGCCAUGCCCAGGAGUCACCUUAAGUGGUUCAGGGGUCACCUAAGUGGUGCCGGCACACAACUGCUGCAGGAGUGCCGGGGCCUGGAGGGGCUCCGCCUGGCCGUGUGUGACCAAGACGCCCAAGAGGUUCUGGCCGCCAUCAGCGCCGUCCACGCGUCGCUGCCUCAGCUACACGCCCUCUACCUACACGUCCCCGUGGGUGCCGUGAGGACACAGGCGUGCACCACACGGCUGCCUGGCUGCCCACUGGUGUUCCUCGUGUUGUCUGGCGUGGACGAGAGGCUGCUGGAGGAGGCGGCCCAGAUAGCACAGCUCCUGCAGCCCACACAGCGCCGAUACUUCACCAUCACCUUCCCCGGCAGCAGCAUGAAGGCAGAUGUGUGGCGGCGCUGCCUUCACAAGCUGGCCAAUGCCGGCGUCACGGUGGAUGAUGAUGGUGCUGGUGGUGGUAUUGUAGCACCGGACACCAGCCCCAUCACGGAGGAGGAGGAGAGGGAGCUGCACACCCUUGCCAGCACCACGAUGUUUGGUGCCUUCAACAGAGUGUCUGAAGAGUACCUGUGGCGGUACCUGUAAUCCCCGUGACGGCCAGACUCAUCGGUGCUGGAAGUGCAUCCACUCACGAGGCAAACACCUGGGCUGCAUUUAUCCUACUGCAUUGUGUGUGUACAAGUCUACAGUGUGGCGCUCUCUCUCUCUCUCUCUCUCUCUCUCUCUCUCUCUCUCUCUCUCUCUCUGAUGAUUCAAAUUAUAUUCCUAAGUUUGUUAGAAUUCUUAAGUCUCUCUCUCUCUCUCUCUCUCUCUCUCUCUCUCUCUCUCUCUCUCUCUCUCUCUCUCUCUCUCUCUCUCUCUGAUGAUUCAAAUUAUAUUCCUAAGUUUGUUAGAAUUCUUAAGUCUCUCUCUCUCUCUCUCUCUCUCUCUCUCUCUCUCUCUCUCUCUCUCUCUCUCUCUCUCUCUCUCUCUCUCUCUCUGAUGAUUCAAAUUAUAUUCCUAAGUUUGUUAGAAUUCUUAAGUCUCUUUCUCUCUCUCUCUCUCUCUCUCUCUCUCUCUCUCUCUCUCUCUCUCUCUCUCUCUCUCUCUCUCUGAUGAUUCAAAUUAUAUUCUUAAGUUUGUUAGAAUUCUUAAGUCUUGAUGUAGUCUCUCUCUCUCUCUCUCUCUCUCUCUCUCUCUCUCUCUCUCUCUCUCUCUCUCUCUCUCUCUCUCUGAUGAUUCAAAUUAUAUUCUUAAGUUUGUUAGAAUUCUUAAGUCUUGAUUCUCUCUCUCUCUCUCUCUCUCUCUCUCUCUCUCUCUCUCUCUCUCUCUCUCUCUCUCUCUCUCUCUCUGAUGAUUCAAAUUAUAUUCUUAAGUUUGUUAGAAUUCUUAAGUUUUGAUGUAGUCUCUCUCUCUCUCUCUCUCUCUCUCUCUCUCUCUCUCUCUCUCUCUCUCUCUCUCUCUCUCUCUCUCUCUCUCUCUCUCUCUCUCUCUCUCUCUGUGUGUGUGUGUGUGUGUGUCCGUGGUGGUGGGUGGGUGAAGUUGUGUUGGUAAGGUGGUGGCGAGUGUGAGUGUGAAGUGUCGGUGUGCAGUGUGUGUGAGAGCCAAGUGUCAGUUAGGAUCACGUUAGUACAAGGUGGGCCCAAGCAAAGUUGUGGUGCAGUUUGCAAUGAUUGUUGAUGGUGCACGUGCAGUUUUCCUCGUGGCAAAGUUCACGCCAGAAGUGAGAGAGUCAAGUCACCACAAGACAAGGCUCAGUGUUCUGUCGUGAAGUCUGCGGUGACUGCUGCUAUCACUUCCCACCUGCAGUAUAUACCUUUUAGCAAAGUUUACUUACAAGUUGUAAGUCACCACAAGCCCGGGACUCAACACUCUAUUCUUUAGUGCCUGAUGAUUCUUAAUUGUUCAUCUGCAGUUUGUGUUGCAGCAACGGUUGCGCCAAAACUAUGUUAGUGCGCGCCGAGGAUGCAAGAUGAUUGUCAGUGUUGCGUGCGGUGCGUGUGUUUAGGCCAAGUGUAAGUGACGGCUGAGUUAGUGCAAGAUAAGGCUGAGUAGUGUUCUGUUCUGAAGUGUGAGGCGGUUCUUGGGGUCACUUCCCACCUGCAGUAUGUCUUGUGGCAAAGUUGAAGCUGAGAAUUAAGUUAGUACAAGCGGAGGAUUCAAGUGAUUUGGUUCACCUCACGGUGAUUCUUAAUGUUUGUUGCAUCUGCUGUUUGUCUUUAGGCUAAGUUAAGUUACAAAUAAGCUGAGUUACAACCACAAGCUGAGGGUGAAGGCUGCUGCUGCUGCUGCUGCAUGCAGUCUUCACCUCAACUUGGUCAGGUUGAUGCUUUCUUCAUUUCUGUGUUGAGUUUCAAGUUUACUACAAGUGGUGGCAGGUUUGUCACGUUCUCGUAAGUGGAUGCACGGGUGUGAGUGUGGCGGUGGUGGUGGUGGUGGUGGUGGUGGUGAGAGCCGUGCAUUCCCAAGGGAAGGGGAACGCCCGCCACGUGCAAGUGUGGCGAGGAGCUUCACCACAAACACUGUACGAGUAUUAUUCUCUGUACCACACAUGGCUGAUUCCCUCAUUAAAAGCUGUAGUACAACCACUUGUUUGUAUCUCCUUCAGGUAUGCUCACACCACGCCUGCCUUCACUCACUACUCGGCGACUGUGUGUGUGUGUGUGUGUGUGUGUGUGUGUGUGUGUGUGUGUGUGUGUGUGUGUGUGUGUGUGUGUGUGUGUGUGUGUGUGUGUGUGUGUGUGUGUGUGUACGAUGAUGUAGUGAGCCACGUGCACACCACUGACUCGUGCACUCGUCAGGUCUUGUCUCACCACGUGCACACAAGAACCUUCGGUGCACGCUGCAUGUCAACUGAGACUAUCUUCCAAACGACCAUUUUAACUAUCUAGC